ACAGAAGACAGUGGAACAUGUCAAUGCAUGAGGUUUCUCCAUCGGAGGUGUUUUGUGCUUCUCCUGGCUGUGGGGAUCCUGGUGAUCUUCUACGUAACCACCCUCUUCACUCUUCAUAUAAGCCAGACCCCACUCUGGCUGCUAGGAGGCCAGGAUCUAACUCCUCUCUCUUAUAUCAAUGGAAAUGAGGGGGAGUUUUUUCCACCAUACAAUGUAGCAUACCCACAGAAAUAUAAGUUUGUCCUGGAUGAGCCUCAUGAGUGCCAGGACCGCAGCCCCUUCCUGCUUCUAAUGGUGCCAGUAGCUCCUGGUAAUCUGGUAGCCCGGGAGGAUAUCCGGAAGACUUGGGGUAAGGAGAGCCUGGUUCUGGGACGGGCUGUGCGUCUGUUCUUCCUGUUGGGCCUGCCCAGUGGAGUGGAGGCAGAGAGGAUGCAGGAGGAGGUGCUGCUUGAGAACCAGCAGUACCAUGACAUACUGCAGAGUGACUUCCAGGACAGCUACUUCAACCUGACCAUCAAGACCAUGGUGAUGCUGGAGUGGCUGGCCUCUCGCUGCCCCGGCGCCUCCUUCGCCAUGAAGAUCGACUCUGACAUGUUCCUCAAUGUGCACAACCUGGUCAACAUGCUGAUAGACCCAACUACACCAAAGCACAACUACAUCACUGGGAAGUUCAGCCAAAACACACAAGUGGUGAGAGACCGCACCUCAAAGUGGUACAUUCCCAAUAAGGUUUACCCCGGUACCAAAUUCCCUCCCUACCUUUUGGGAAAUGGUUAUGUCUUUUCCAUAGAUCUUCCUGAGAAGAUAGUGGAAGCAUCCAAACAAGUCCGUGCCAUAUUUUUAGAGGAUGCCUACCUGGGUAUGUGUCUGAGCCAUUUAGGGAUUGCAGCCAGUUACCCACCUAACUCUUCCCUCUUCAAGCUUUCCAUGCCCUACACUCAUAAUCGCUGUUACUACUCUAGUGUCAUCACUACUGAAAUGGACCAUGUGAGUGACCUGCUGCGAGUCUGGGAGGACUUACAGAGACCUGGCACCCCCUGCUAAGGACAAUGAACACCUCUUAAAUCUUUGAAUCCUUACCCUGCUAAGGACAAUGAAUACCUCUUAAAGCUUUGAAUCCUUACCCUGCUAAGGACAAUGAAUACCUCUUAAAGCUUUGAAUCCUUACCCUGCUAAGGACAAUGAAUACCUCUUAAAGCUUUGAAUCCUUACCCUGCUAAGGACAAUGAACACCUCUUAAAGCUUUGAAUCCUUACCCUGCUAAGGACAAUGAACACCUCUUAAAUCUUUGAAUCCUUACCCUGCUAAGGACAAUGAAUACCUCUUAAAGCUUUGAAUCCUUAUAAGUAUUAAACACACUAUGUAAGCACAUGCAUACAAGUACUAAACAAAUAGGUAGGCACACACACACACGCACACACACAGGUAUCAUAGUAUAAUUCACUCACUCUCAAACAGCUUUUUCAUGUCAUUCUAAAGUAGUAACAUGUAGUAAUACAUGUAGUAAUACAUAGUAAUUACCACAUGAUAUGACCAGAUAAUGUUGUUACAAUAACAGCAUUACUACACAAGUAGAGCUAUGUAUUGUGUAGUGUUACUGCUCGGUCUUGCAAGUAUAAUUUCCCAUGACUGUCUUAAAUUCAAAUGUCAACGUGGGAUCUUGUGUGUAUCUAUGAAGUAAGUAUCAAAUGAUGUUCUAAGAUCUUCAAAGACGAGCAUGAUCUGUGUGUAUCACAUUAUCACAUGUGACAGUAUAGUCUCAAUUUCUGUACAUCAUCAAGACAAACUCAUAUGUGGACACAACAUAACAGCUACCGUGCAGUUACACACCAGCCUUUUUCUACUGCACAAGAUUUUCACUGUCACUAGAUGGCAGCAGUGAAUUUGACUUAAACAUUUGUCUUGUGUGCUAUUGUUUUGGUUGCUUGUGAUUUGUACUCAGUUGAUGCCUACUUAAGAUUGAUAUUGUUACAAAUUCCUGGAAUAUUUGUAAAAAAUG